CUUUCACUCUCUCUCUCCUCCUCCAGUACCCGGCGUGUUGCCCCCUCUCGGCAGCUCUGUCUUCUGCCUUCUGCUCCCCUGCAAGACGAGCUGGAUGUGCGGACACUUGCUGCGCUCUUCUUCAUGAUCAGGAGGGACCGAAGAAGUCGGGAGAAGGAGAAUCACUGGGAGGCACAUGGCUCGAUGACAUGAUGUUCCUACCCUUUUCCCCUCCCCCCUCCACCUUUCUCUUUCCUGUCUUCCUUCUACUCCUCCUUCUCCUCCCUCCGUCCCUCAUCUCCUCUCCCCUUUCCCACACCCCGUUGAGCUGGACUUCGCCACAUGACCCCUGUUACCACCCAGAUGGCCGUCCACGACACUGCCUGUCAGAGUUCAUCAACGCUGCCUAUGGGGUCCCGGUCAAUGCUAGCCACUCGCUACCAGGGCCUGACUAUGACAGCAACGUCACCACAUUGACUGACCUCCACAACCCCCACAAUCUCACCUGUUGGAUGGCUCAUACAGGUCCUGACACCGGGGACUGGGUCCUUACGCUACCACUGGGCCGUCGCUUUGAGAUCACCUACAUUAGUUUGCAAUUUUGCCACCAAGGAGAGCCAUCAGACCCCAUCUCCAUCUCCAUCCUCAAGUCAAUGGACUACGGGCGUACCUGGAGGCCAAUGCAACACUACUCAAGCAACUGCCUUGAGAACUUUAGGCUGCCCUCUCAGACCAUAGCCAAAACAAGACACCAAGAGACAGAGCCCCUCUGCUCAGACCCUCGGCCCCUGCAGAGACAGCGGGGUGGGAUGGUGUUGGCCUUCUCUACCCUGGACGGACGACCGUCAUCUCCUGACUUUGACUACAGCCCCACUCUUCAGGACUGGGUAACAGCCACAGACAUCCGUGUGGUCUUCCACCAGGUGUCCAAAGACACCAAGGUGGGCAACUUGGAUACGAUGGAAGAUGGAGGACAUGAUCUCAGAGGGACUGGUGUUCUGAGGUGGAGAUCAGGCUACAAGGGCCGCACUGGAGAUCAGGUUGAUAAGUUAAACACAGAUAAUACACUGGCAUUUUUUGACAGGGAGACAAAAAAAUCAGAAAGGAGGGGGAGGAACAAAGGAGAGAGGAUAGAUAAGCAGGGCAGGAAGGGUCACUAUAAAGGUACAGGUCAAGGCGAAGAUGGGCACAACGUGACCAGCAAGGAAGGGGGGGAUAGUUUAAGUAUGGACACACUUGCUUCUCCAAAAAAAGGUGGGAAAGGCAGAGGGCGUGGUCGCAAGAAGGACAACAAUCAUUGGCUGCCUUGCCCCAAUGGAGGCUGCAAUUGGUCAGUUGAGGGGCAGAGCAGGAGCAACAGAGGGCGGGAAUUGAGGAAGAGGAGGAACAAUAAUCUCAACACGAGACAAAGUGUCCGGAAUCUGCAGGUGGCACAACCACCUGCUUUUAUGUCUCUUAUGCGAGCCCCGCUCGCCCUCUCCGACCUGCAGGUUGGAGGCAGGUGCAAAUGCAAUGGACAUGCUUCCAGGUGUCGCCGUGACGACGCAGGCCAUGCAGUGUGCGUGUGUGAGCAUCACACAGCAGGGCCGGACUGUGAUGUGUGUGAGGAUUUCUACUUUGACAGACCAUGGCAUCGAGCUACACCCACUCAUCCAAACCCCUGUGUUGCUUGCGAGUGUAACGGCCAUUCAAACAAAUGCCGCUUCAGCAUGGAGGUGUUUCAGCAGUCGGGCAGGCGCAGUGGAGGUGUGUGCCAGAAGUGUCGCCACCACACGGCCGGUCGCCACUGCCAGUACUGCCAGAAUGGAUACACCCGCGACCACAGCAAGGCACUCAACCACCGCAAGGCCUGCCAGCCGUGUCAGUGCCAUCCUCUGGGAGCGGUGGGUCGCUGGUGUAACCAGACAUCGGGUCAGUGUUUGUGUCGAGAUGGAGUGACUGGCCUCAGGUGUAACCGCUGUGCCCCGGGAUACAAACAGGGAAGGUCACCUCUGCGACCGUGCAUACGGAUUCAAGAGGUUGCUCCGACACCGGUCUACCAGCCUCAGUACAGCAUAGCGGAGGAGUGUGUUUCUUACUGCCAGCCCUCUCAGGUUAAAGUCAGGAUGAACUUGGAGACCUAUUGUCUCAAGGACUACGUGCUGAAGGUGCAGGUCAAAGGGAUGGAGCGCUCAGGUCCCUGGUGGCAGUUCUCCAUCUCCGUCCAAACCGUAUUCCGCAUAGGGUCUACCUCCCGCGUCCGCAGGGGCCCCCAGUCCCUCUGGGUCCCCGACCGCGACCUCGGCUGCGGAUGCCCCGCCCUCCACGUAGGCCGGACGUUCCUCCUGAUUGGAGCGGAGGAAGGGGAGCGGGGCUGGGGUCCGGAGGAGAGUCGCCUGGUGGCGGACCGCUCCACUCUGGCCCUCCAGUGGCGGGAACACUGGAGCCCCAAGCUCAGGGGCUUCCGGGGGCAGGACAAGAGGGGACGCUGCCCCCCGAAAUCCCCGACCAACCACCGGCACCACAAGGAGCACACAAGGCCCCAGUCUGGGUACAUCCCCCCUCACCUGCUGACUGAGAAAGAGCCUCACGGUGGGAACGCACACUCUGGGAAAGUGGACGAGACUAAAACCACGACGGUGUCGCACACACUCUCUCACACAGACAGUGAAGUUAAACCCACUGAGGCGACCCCGGCUGCUUUAUCCACACCUGCUCUGGUGUGUUCAACUCCAAACCCUGAGUAAAAAACCACAAGAAGACGUUAAAAAAAAAAAGAACAUUUUAUCCCCCAUCUUUCAGGACAAUCAAACAACAACAACUACAAGGAGUUUUUUUUAAACUUUUCUGAAGAUUUCAAGAGAAGCAAGAAUGGAAUAGUCUCCCGAGUCAGAAGAAACCUCAGCACACACACACACACACACACACACACCUGUUUCCUCUUGUAACUGUUUGUGCUUUUUAGAGAUCAACUGUCGUGCGGCAACGUCAAACAGCAAAACUCACCGAUGAUGAAAAUAUUCCACCGAGACAAGAUGGUGCUGUGUGAAAUACAAAUAUCAGAAUUUGAAUAUUUUCUACUAUUUUUGAAAAUUAAAGUCUGAAUGAACUCGACUCGAACUGAA